AUGUUGCACUUCACCCUUGCACCUCAAAAUGUUUGCUGUUACAGAGUGUUUUACGCACCCUCAGAGGAGCGCUACCCUCCUAUUAUAAGCACAUCCCAAGAUCUAAAUGAGCAAGCAGAGGACAGCAAAUCCCAAGACCCAAAUGAGCAGAGUGAAGGUGAUAGCAAAUCCCAAGAUCUAAUUGAGCAGAGUGAAGGCGACAGAAAAUCCCAAGAUCUAACUGAGCAGAGUGAAGGUGACAGCAAAUCCCAAGAUCUAACUGAGCAGAGUGAAGGCGACAGCAAAUCCCAAGAUCUAACUGAGCAGAGCGAAGGUGACAGCAAAUCCCAAGAUCUAACUGAGCAGAGUGAAGGCGACAGCAAAUCCCAAGAUCUAACUGAACAGAGCAAAGGUGACAGUAAAUCCCAAGACCUUAAUGAGCAGUCUGGAGAGAGCAAAUUUCAAGAUGAGAAGGAUCAGUAUGAGGAGGGGCUUGAGACAUCAGAGCAGCAACCACAGGAAGGGAAGGAGCACUCACAGACACGCAGCUCUAGUUCACGGGAAAAGAGCAUAGCAGAUCUGAAGGAUGAUCUCUCCAGCUUUCUUGCUACUGAACCAAGGACAUCUGCUCGCUUCUCCUCACGCAGCUUUGACAGCAAAUUCAGAGUCCUAAAGGAGACAGAUUUGGUGGAGUCACAACCAGAGAUAUCAGAGCUGCAGUGUAAACAUAAGGAAGGGCUUCCAUUCUUCUGGAAGACUAGAGAAGAAGAAUGGAUGGAUGAAAUUGUACCGACUUGCCAUGUCGCAAAACACAAGCUUUCCUACCACGACUGCUGCGGCUACAGUGCAGCUGAGCAGUUGAUCAAGCACAGCCCAAUGCACCUUGCAAAGGGAUCGCGUCACAGAGGCUUCUUUCAAAAACGCCCAAAGUUCAAAAGAAGUAAGAUCUCCUCCUCCACUGAGAGGAUGCUGAAGGCAGGUGUCAAGAGGAAGAAAGAGUGCAGGGCAUUUGCCAACAUCCAGCCACGUAGGACCACCUCAUCUGGAAGUUGCAGGUAUUUGGGUAGGAAGAGUAAAGCUUUGUACAAUCUUUAUACAACCUUCUGUGAUGAGGAAGAACAGUUUGACCCAUGUCUUCUACAGAGAGCAAAAGGUCUUUUCAGGGCUUGCACCAUCUUCAGUACCAUCAAGAAGGGAAAAAUUAACAUCAGCAACCUCCUUCUUACCACACACACGCUAGGGAUCCUGUUGACUAAUGCAGAGAUGCAUCAGGCUCUCAAGUUCAUCCCUAUGGAUGCACAUGGCAAUCUCGAUUUUGUUGACUUCCUGGAUGUUCUGAAGGAUACUUUGGCCUACAAUAAAAGAGAGGCUCUUCAGAAUGCUCUGUUCGUUUUCAGAAACAUUAGGAAAGACAUGGUAGCCAUUGAUGAACUGGAGCCAAUUUUGGCUUGUCUGGGAGUCACUUUGAGUCCCAACAUUGUAGAACAGGCAGUAGGAUGCACUCGGGUUACCUGGGAUGGGAAAAUAAACAUCUCAGAAUUUCUGUCAAUUGUGAGAGGACCAUCAAGUCGCUAUAAGGAAUUGGAUGAAUGUGCCACUUUGGAGAGGGGGUCUUACCAAAGCUUUGCUAAUAUUAUGGGUGAUUUAGAAACUCGGUGGAGAAGAAAUUGGAGCUUACUAGACAAGGAGAUAUCACCUGCUCAUGCUCACCUGGCUAUGUUCUAUGAUCCUGAUGUAGAGGUUGCUCUUGCCCAACUACAGAAGAGGACAAGUAAAUCCCAGAGACCUGUGGACCAGAGAAGACCCAGCACUGCAUCUCCUGAAUGCCAUGUAGAAGAGAAGGGCACCAAGUGGCCAAGAGUUCGACCAACAUUUGGCUAUACAAGUCAGGACACUCUGUUUCCACUAAGCUCCUCCUUAUCCUUUAAAGAAUGGGGUAGGCCUUCUGCCCAGCAGACAAAGACAAGAAAGUCAUCAAUGAGUGCAGGCCAAGAUGAUGUCCCUUUCUCACUUGUCAAGAUGAGUGCCAACUACGAAGCAAUCCAGCAGCACAAGAAAAAGAAGAUACUGUCCUUCCAAGAGAAACUUCCAAGAAGGUAUGACUCUGAAGAGAACUGCCAAAAAUCAAAUUCUGAAAGUGAAAUCAAGGAACAUCCAGAAGUCCAAUCAGCCCAGCAAGGGCCAGGGCUUUGUUACCUGUAUUUGCAUAUAACAUGUAGUUUUGCCCCAAACGAGAGUCUCUUUUCAGCCUUGCAGAAUGCCUUCGAUAUCAUCAACAUGCUUGCAGAAGAUAACAUUAAAAGUAGUGAGCUGCGCUCCACCUUGUACAAAAUGGGAGUCAGUUUGAAUGACAAAGAGUUCCAGGAGGUGCUGCAGAAGGCGGGUAUGGCAGAAGAUGGGAUGGUGAACUUCGACAGCUUCAUGUCCGCCUUGGGGAAAACACAGUGCUUCACAGAAUUUACAAUGUUGAAAGAUGCCAUUCAAGCCAUCAGCAAGAUUGAAAGAGACAAGGUGGUAGUGCACAAUCUCCCAUCCUUUGUGAGAGACAUGGGGAUCUGCCUGUCUGACCAGGAAUUUAAGCAAGCUCUGAAACAGGUAUCAGUGGAUGGUAAUGGAAAGGUAGUUGUGAAAGAUUUCAUCAAAGUUCUUACCGACAUUCCUCACUUCUCUGAACUAUCAGUGCUGAAGGCCACCAUUACAGCAGUCAACAAUAUUCAAGGGAACAAGGUUUCUCUGCAGAACCUCAAACCAACCCUCAAGAAGAUGGGCAUUCGUUUAAACCCACAGGAGUAUGAGGAGCUCAUUACGAUGACACCUGCUGACAAAGCAGGGAAAGUUGAUAUUGGGCAAGUCAUGAAGAAGGUAUCCAAAAUACGACGCUUCUCAGAAAUGGAAGUUCUGAACAAUGCCAUCAAGACCUUUAGUCACUUCAAGGAUGAGAAAGUGAAGGUUUCAGAUGUAGAGGUCUGCCUCAGAAAUAUUGGGGUCCAUUUAACCAAGUCAGAGCUAAUGCAGACCACAAAGUCCCUGCCAGUUUCUUCGGAUGGGACUGUAGAUGUCAAGGAACUGACUGCAGCUAUGAAAUCAACCAGGCGAUUUGCAAAUUAUGCAGCUGUCCUUGAUACUGUCCAUGCUCUCAAGUUAAUAAAAGAACACCAUGUGGUGGAGUCACAAGCUGUGAAGGGCAGCAUUAACCGCUUUGGCCUGCGCAUGGCUAACGAGGUGAUCGCCCAGGUAUUGAAGUCAGUACAUAUGACUGAAGCUGGGCAGGCACGUUUCAAUGACUUCUUGCGGACUUUGACAAGGAAUCAGCAAUUUAGAACAUCUGUAGCCUUAGGGGAUGGCUUUGUCAUCCUCACCAAACUAGAAAACGGGAGGAUUGGUGUGGAUGAGUUGCAGGAGGUUAUGAAGAGUUUCAACAUCAACCUGCCCCUGAAAGAGGUAUCAGAAGCAUUGGCCUGUUGCAGUAUUGAUGACAAAAACACAGUGAAUCUGAAGGACUUCAUCAGUGGAGUGACCUAUACGAGUACUUUUAUUACUUGUCCAGAACUGCAGCUCACCUGCAUGGCUCUGAGCAAGCUCAAGGGUGACCAUUUUGAUCUCCAUGCACUUGAGUCCAUCUUGAACACUAUGGAUCUUCCAGAGGCCAAUGAAUUACUGCAGGAAGUGAUGAAGACAGCCCAAGCUGAUAGUCAUGGCAAGGUGAAUUUCAAAGAAUUCAUGAGGGUUUAUACUGUUAUACCAGAGCUCCCAGAAGCAAUUGUGCUGAAAGAUACUUUUGAUGCCAUGAGUAAUAUCAGAGAUGCCCGUAUCCACGUGGAUGACCUGCCAAAAACAUUGGCCAGUGUGGGCAUCAACUUGACACCAGAGGAGCUCCGGUUGCUGCACAACUCAGUUGCAGUCGCAGGAGAUGAGACAGUAGGUUUUAAAGACAUCAUUAUGAGCAUAACUGGUACCGAGUCCUUCACAGAAUUCAAUGCUUUACAGAAUGCUUUCAAUGCAAUCAACAAGAUCUGCAAAGAAAAAAUUAAAAAGGAAGACCUUCCAGCUGCCCUAGAAGACUUGGGUAUCCAGCUAUCAGCUGAUGAACUCCAGGCAGCUCUGGCAUCUAUUUCCAUUGAUGAUUUGGGGAAAGUGGAUGGGACAGAAUUCUUGAAGAUUUUGUGCAAUGCCCCACGCUUUUCUGAAUUCAUAGCACUGCGAGAUGCCAUGAAAGUUGUUGAAAGCAUCAAAAACAAGAAGAUGACUGUUAAGCAGCUAGAGGAAACAUUGGGUGAUAUGGGAGUUCACUUGCCCAAUACAACAUUCAAUGAGAUAGUCAAAUCAGCCAAAGCUGAUGUGAAUGGCAAAAUCAAUUUCAAAGACUUUUUAUUAGCAUUGGGCGAAACUGAGGAUUUCACUGAACUGGAAGCCUUACAGCGUGCCAUCACCAUCAUUGGCACAAUGCAUGGUGGCCGGUUGCAGCUGAAUGAACUGCAAUCCACUCUAGAUAAUUUGGGCAUCCAUUUGAAACAUGAAGAAUUCCAGGAAGUUGCUAGUGCACUCCAUGUAGAUGAUGAUGGGACUGUAAACCUGAAGGAUUGCCUGACGGCUGUCUCCAACAAGCAGCGCUUCCUGGAGUCUGUAGCACUUCAUUCUGCUGUUGGGGCCUUCAGCAAAAUCAAAAGUGAAAAAGUUGCCAUCAGAGAACUGGAGUCCAUUCUGGAAUGUCUGGGUAUUACCUUGAGCAGCACAGAGUUCCAGAGUGCCUUAAAAACCAUCCCUGCAGAUGAAAAUGGAAAGGUAAAUUUCAAGGACUUCCUGACGAGUGUGAUAAACAAUGAGCGUUUCUCUGAACCCGCAGCUGUACAAAAUGUCUACAGCAUCAUUAGCAAAGUGGAUGAUGAUAAAGUUGAGGUUUCUCGGCUAAAGGAUGUCCUGGCUCCCAUUGGCAUCACAUUAACCAAGGAUGAAACAAAGGAGGUGCUGAAGAACAUGGCAGUUGACAGUGAUGGAAUGGUGAAACUGAAAGAAUUUAUGAAAGAGUUGCCCCGUACACGGCGAUUCUCCACAGCUGUAGAGAUGGAAGAAGCUAUGAAAACAAUGAAGAGCAUCAAGCAGGGCUGGGUAAACAUUGCAGAGGUGGAUUCCAUCAUGCGCACUAUGGGCCUUGACUUAUUUCCAGAUGAACUUCAGCAGGCAUUGAAAUACGCUACCAAGAAGGAUGAUGGGACAGUGUGUGUGAAAAAAAUCUUGUUUGGCUUGACCAAGACUCGGCGCUUUUCCCAAGCUGAAAGUGACCAAGGGGAUAUGAUUGAUGUGCAAGAUGUAGAUUCUCUUUUGUCCAACAUGGGGAUCCAAUUAACCAAAGAGCAACUCCAGGAUGCAUUGGAACAUGUGACAGUGAAUGGUGAGUGUGCCUGA